AUGAGCCAGCCCGGGGCUUCUAAGCGGUCCGCGCCAUAUACGGGCAGCCGCGAGAGUCAACGCCGCAGACUAGUGUCACCUUCCGUUCUGAUCGACGCAAUGAAGAAUCGCGAGCGGCGCCCAAAGCACACAUUCAACCCCUCGAAGACGCAACAACGAGUUAAUGAACUGAUCGCUGCCCCGGAGAAUGCAGGUGAGGACCCUGCUGCUGAUGCCGAUUGUAUGGUUUCGUCCCGUUCUACCAAGCUCAUAGACCCGUGUUAUGAUCGGCACGACGAGCAUGGUAUGCCGACGGACCCGUGA